AUGUUUUUGCUCGUCGUGAUCAGCGCACUCAUGUCAGUGUCGCUUUCGAGUGCAUCUCUCUCAGCGGCACCCAUUGACAAGCCACGGUACUCAGAAUUGAUGGAUUCGUGGCGUUCGCAAGCGAUUGAUCGUUUAUGGGCUGAACGUGAUCGGAUGGGUCGAACACCGCUCAUCCGUUUGAUACUACCCGGUUUUCCACACGUUGAUAUUCUGAUGAAAAACGAAUCAGCCACCAAGACUGGCAGUUUGAAACAUCGUUAUGCAUGGGCGUUAGUGAUGUGGGCAGUGGUUGACGGUAAAGUGAACGCGAACACGACUGUCUACGAAGCAAGUGCUGGCAAUACGGCCGCGAGUGAGGCGUACUUCUGCACGUUGAUUGGCUUGAAGUUCAUCGCUGUUGUGCCGCAAUCGACUGAACACGAGAAAGUGCAACGCAUCGAAUCGUACGGUGGUCGGGUGCUACGCACAAAGCCAGCACAGAUCUUAGUUCGUGCACAACAAGAGGCCGAACGUAACGGAGGCUUCUUCAUGAAUCAGUUCGCGAAUUCGGAUCGAGCCGAAGAGUUCCACGAGAGCGGCGAUUGUCCUCGAGAGAGUACGAAUCUGAUGCAUGAGAUACUGUUGCAGAUGCGUAAAGAUGCGAAACUAACGGUCAAGAAACCGCACUACUUUGUGCAUCCGGCUGGCACCGGUGGCACCAUCACAUCGGUCGGUCGUUACGCGAAACGAUACGAUUUGCCGACCAAAAUUGUGCUCGUCGACUCGGAGUUCUCGGUCUAUUACGAUUAUGUGAUUAAUGGGAAAUUCAUCAACGAAAGUGGUGCAUCAUUCGUGGUCGGGCCGGGAAUGGCCGGAACAGGCUUCGGAUCGUUGGGUGCCGUUAAACUGGGCGAGACAUCCAGUCUGUUGCCAACCGUGAUCGAUCGUGCCAUAAAAGUGCCGGAUCUGGCAUCGACUGCGGCUAUGUAUGUCCUCAAACGACGUGGUUUGGAUGCUGGAGCAAGCACAGGAUUGAAUCUGUUGGGUGUUAUCCACGUCGCGGCCACAGCACCUUAUGCACAGCUGCCGUCUGGUCAGCGACUGACCAUUGUAUCGUCACUUCCGGAUUCGGCUGCUAACUACGUCUCAUCGUAUCUCAAUCAAACGUGGGUAGCCGAGAAAUUCAUUCCGCACGGUGGUCUUCCAGUGUUUAGGUGUUGGAUGAAGGUUAUUGAGCAAUCAAUAGACACGGGAACGGAUGCAUUAAUUGAAGGUACAAAACGUUGUCCUAAAAGGCGAGAAAGGACAUAA